AUGAGUUCCUCAGACGAUGACAGGCCUCUGGCUACAACUCAUAAGGCGAACGGCGUUACGAAUGGACAUCCUCUCAAGUCCAAAGACAUCAUUUCCGAGAGCGUCGACAAGACAAUGGACAAGGCAAACCCGCCAGCCGUACACGGGGCACCCGGAAUUUCCAUCAGAAAUGGCCCAGUUGAUGAGAUGGACAUUGAUGGGCCGGCGGUCAACGGCAAUGCAAAUGGAAAGCGGAAAGCCCGCAGCAGCAUGGGCAACAGAAAGUCAUACAAGGAAGCAAGUGAGGAGGAUGACGAGGAAGGAAAACCUCUGAGUAAGCGGCGUUGUCUGUCCAAAGGCAAAAACAAGGCCGACGUGGAAUCCGACUCUGACGAUGCCCCACUUGUGUCCAAAAAGAUUAAAAACAAGUCGCCAACGUUGCUGCGAAAGCCUGUCAAAGCGUCUGAGACAGCCAUCGGCGAAUCUGAAGAUUCAGAUGCACCUUUAGGCGAAAAACUUGCCAAAGAGAAAGCCGAUAUCCAGAAAAGUGCUGCGAAAGAGGCCAAGGCGAUACGGAAGGACGAGAAAGAACACCCAAAGAAACAAACAAACGGUACUGCAGCUCCAUCGAAGAAGCGCAAAAGCCAAACCAAUGAUGUCAAAAAAGAGUCAGAUGAUGAUGUGCCUCUCGCUAAGAAAGCGCCGGCCAAAAAGAACGCCGACUCGAAGGCUGAAACGUCGACCCCAAAGAAAAAGGGCAAAGCUUUGAAAAGAGAGGAGACGAAACAAGAUGAAGAAGCUGAGGCCGAAGAGGAGGAGUACCGUUGGUGGGAGGACCCUACUAAAGGCGACGGCACGAAGAAAUGGACUACGCUGGAGCAUGCGGGUGUAGUCUUCCCUCCGGAAUACCAACCCUUGCCGAAGAACGUCCAAAUGCUGUACGAUGGAAACCCAGUAAGGAUGGCACCUGAAGCUGAGGAGAUCGCUGGAUUUUUCGGAGCUAUGUUGAACUCCACUCACAAUGUCGAGAAUCCGACCUUUCAGAAGAACUUUUUCGACGACUUGACGAAGAUGCUGAAGGAGACUGGCGGAGCUACUGACAGAAACGGCAACAAGGUCAACAUCAAGGAGUUCAGCAAGUGCGGGUUUCAACCUAUCUUCAACUAUUACGACGCACAGCGCAUGGAGAAGAAGGCCCUUUCAGCUGCCGAAAAGAGACAGCUAAAGGCGGACAAAGAUGCUGCUGAAGCACCCUACAUGUAUUGUAUGUGGGACAACCGCAAGCAAAAAGUCGGGAACUUUCGUGUGGAGCCUCCCGGUCUUUUCCGGGGUCGCGGCGACCAUCCAAAGACAGGCAGAGUCAAGAAGAGGGUGGAGCCUGAACAAAUCACCAUCAAUAUCGGCAAAGAAGCUACAGUGCCUGCGCCACCCGAAGGCUACAGUUGGAAAGAGAUCAAGCAUGAUCAAGAAGGCACCUGGCUAGCGAUGUGGCAAGAGAAUAUCAACGCUGCCUACAAGUAUGUCAUGCUUGCUGCCAAUUCUGAUGUCAAGGGUCAAAGCGACUUUAAGAAAUUUGAGAAGGCACGAGAGCUCAAGAAACAUAUUGAUCAUAUACGCAAAGACUACACUGCCGAGUUGAAAGACAAAGUCAUGGCGAACCGUCAACGAGCAACAGCAGUGUAUCUAAUCGACCAAUUUGCACUACGUGCUGGCAAUGAGAAAGGCGAGGAUGAGGCAGAUACGGUCGGUUGCUGUUCGCUGAAAUUCGAACACGUUACUCUCAAGCCUCCGAAUAAGGUCAUCUUCGAUUUUCUCGGUAAAGACAGCAUUCGCUUCUACGACGAGGUAGAAGUCGACGCCCAAGUUUUCAAGAAUCUAAAGAUCUUCAAGAGUUCUCCCAAGACGGACGGUGACGAAAUUUUCGAUCGCCUCACGACCAGUGCACUUAACAAGCAUCUCUCCAAUUACAUGUCUGGAUUGACCGCCAAAGUGUUCCGUACUUACAACGCGUCCUUCACCAUGUCGAAGUUGCUUCAAAACAUGAAGUCGACUGGUAGCAUUGCGGAGAAGAUUGUCGAUUACAACGAGGCAAAUCGCAAGGUAGCUAUCCUUUGCAAUCACAAGCGUACUGUUGCCGCAGGACAUGAGUCGCAGAUGGAGAAGCUUGGCGACCGUAUCAAAGGCCUCAAGUACCAGAAGUGGCGAAUGAAGCAGAUGAUGCUUAACAUCGAUCCCAAAAUCAAGAAAAAGAAGGAAAAGGAAGAAGGGGAUGGGUACUUCCAGCUUGACGACGAAUUGGAGGAGACCUGGAUACACGAGCACCAGAAUUUCCUGGUUGAGGAAGAGCGCCAAAAGAUUGAGAAGAAGUUCAAGAGGGAGAACGAGAAGCUGACAGCUGACGGCGGAAAGGAAAUGAAGCAUAAGGAGCUUGAGGAACGACUUGAAGAUGCUGAUGAAUUGGCUAAGAAGUUCAAGAAGGAGAACAAGACUGGCAAAGUGGAGGCCGAAGGCAAGGGACCCACCGUGGAGAAAUGCGAGGGUAACUUGGCAAAGCUGGACCAACGCGUCAACAACAUGCUCUUCCAGGCCAAGGACAAGGAAAAUAACAAAGAGGUUGCCCUCGGAACGUCUAAGAUUAAUUACAUCGAUCCGCGUCUUACGGUGGUCUUCUCCAAGAAGUUUGAUGUGCCCAUCGAGAAAUUCUUCUCCAAAACACUGCGGGAGAAAUUCGAUUGGGCAAUCAAGUCGGUGGACGAGGAUUGGGAAUUCUGA